GUAUUUGGGCAAUUCACUGAAAAGAGCAGGGCUUCGGGGUGGCAGAAGGCCCCAAUUGGUUGGUUCUCAGGCUCUGCAAAGUGUGAGCAUUGGCUCCUUUUGUCCUGGGGGUGGCCUGCCCACUGUGCUGGACUACCUGAUCCCAGAGGUGCAGGGCACUGGAUGGGUUCUAGUGCUGGACUCACAGCGUGAUGUAGUGUUGAGGAUAGUUGUACAGGCACUGCAGUGUUCCCACUACACGAUUCUUUGGCAGUUGGUGAAAAUUACUGAUGGUUCUCCUUCCAAAGAUGAUUUGUUGGUUUUGAGGAAAACAGUGAAAUCCUUUUUGGCUGUUUGCCAACAGUGCCUAUCUAAUGUUAAUACUCCAGUGAAGGAACAGGCUUUCAUGUUACUCUGUGAUCUUUUGAUGAUUUUUAGUCACCAGUUAAUGACAGGUGGCAGAGAGGGCCUUCAGCCUUUGGUGUUUAAUCCAGAUACUGGACUCCAGUCUGAACUCCUCAGUUUUGUGAUGGAUCACGUUUUCAUUGACCAAGAUGAGGAGAACCAGAGCAUGGAGGGUGAUGAAGAAGAUGAAGCCAAUAAAAUUGAGGCCUUACAUAAGAGAAGGAAUCUACUUGCUGCCUUCAGCAAACUUAUCAUUUAUGAUAUUGUUGACAUGCACGCAGCUGCAGACAUCUUUAAACACUACAUGAAGUAUUACAAUGACUAUGGUGAUAUUAUUAAGGAAACACUGAGUAAAACCAGGCAGAUUGAUAAAAUUCAGUGUGCCAAGACUCUCAUUCUCAGUUUACAGCAGUUGUUUAAUGAACUUGUUCAAGAGCAAGGUCCUAACUUAGAUAGGACAUCCGCCCAUGUCAGUGGCAUUAAAGAAUUGGCACGUCGCUUUGCCCUUACGUUUGGACUGGACCAGAUCAAGACACGAGAAGCAGUUGCCACACUUCACAAGGAUGGCAUAGAAUUUGCCUUUAAAUACCAAAAUCAGAAAGGACAAGAAUAUCCACCUCCUAAUCUGGCUUUUCUUGAAGUACUUAGUGAAUUUUCUUCUAAACUUCUUCGACAGGACAAAAAGACUGUUCAUUCCUACCUAGAGAAAUUCCUUACUGAGCAGAUGAUGGAAAGGAGGGAAGAUGUUUGGCUUCCACUUAUCUCCUAUAGAAAUUCAUUAGUCACUGGGGGUGAAGAUGAUAGAAUGUCUGUGAAUAGUGGAAGCAGCAGCAGCAAAACCUCCUCAGUAAGGAAUAAGAAAGGACGACCCCCACUUCACAAAAAAAGAGUAGAAGAUGAAAGUCUGGACAACACGUGGCUAAACAGGACUGAUACCAUGAUUCAGACUCCUGGCCCCCUGCCAACACCACAGCUUACUUCCACUGUACUGCGGGAGAAUAGCCGGCCCAUGGGAGAGCAGAUUCAGGAACCUGAGUCUGAACAUGGUUCUGAACCAGACUUUUUACACAAUCCUCAGAUGCAGAUCUCUUGGUUAGGCCAGCCGAAGUUAGAAGACUUAAAUCGGAAGGACAGAACAGGAAUGAACUACAUGAAAGUGAGAACUGGAGUAAGGCAUGCUGUUCGGGGUCUAAUGGAGGAAGAUGCUGAGCCCAUCUUUGAAGAUGUGAUGAUGUCAUCCCGGAGCCAGUUAGAAGAUAUGAAUGAGGAAUUUGAAGACACCAUGGUUAUUGAUCUGCCCCCGUCAAGAAAUCGGCGAGAGAGAGCUGAGCUGAGGCCAGAUUUCUUUGACUCUGCAGCUAUCAUAGAAGACGAUUCAGGAUUUGGAAUGCCCAUGUUCUGAGGUCUGAAGAAAAUUUACAAAUCUGGAACUCUAUUAUUUAGAGCUAGAGGCCUAUAUACUGUGAUAGCUUGUAUGGGGGAAAAACACUUUUGAUGUGAUCUGAUUUGUUUUUUAAUCAAAUGAUUAAGGUCAAUCCCUUUUUGCAGUGACAGAGGAGCAUGUAAAUUACCCAAGGGAAUGUUAUUGAAUGUCACCUCAGAAAGACUGACCUGAAAAGUCAUUUGUGUCCUAAUAUUGGACUUAUCCCAAUACAGAUGUGUGUGUUUUUCUGGAGGGAAGAAAUUUUAAAUUUUUAAAACAGUUGUCAAAUAAACACUGUUAUACACCUGUUUUAUGAAAACUCAGCACUGAGUAAAAAAAAAAAAUAUUUUUAACUUUAUUUUCCUGUUGUACAAUUUAAAAACCGUUUUAACAUUUUGCCUUUUUAUGUUUUAAAAGCUAACCAUUUUUAUUAAACCUAUGAGUAAGCAGCUCAUCCUAAUUGCCGAAGAGUGUUUUGGAGCUCACUGGAUUUGGUUGACCUUGUGGAACACAGAAGUACGAAGGAGCAGAACACCGACAAGCUAAAAUGAAAUUCUGACAUAGUGCAUCUCUGCCAAAAACCACACACACCCUCUGGGGAUAUGGAUAUGAAUCCCAGAUUUUAUAUACUCUUGAAUAAAAAGGUUUAUUUUUAUUUAUAAGUGGGCAUAAAAUAAGAAAUGUCCAUGCAGCCAUUUUUCCAACAGAUGCUGUACACCAUUCAUUUUAUAUAGAAUAGGGAGAUUCGAAUACAGUGCAUUUUCUAUUGGUAUUUGUUCUGUGCAUUUUUAGCAACUUCUACCAGCAAAUAAAGUAUUCUCAGUACAACAAAAAUGGUUCUCAAGUUAUCAGUUUGCUGUUUUUACCACUUAUUUCAUGCCCUGCCAAAUUCAAGUUACACAGACUUUCGUUUUCUUAAGGAGAUAAUCAUGAAGAAUCCUUUGCCAUUCAAAAGUAAUUUUAAGUGUAACAUAAUUGUGUCUACUUCCCAUGCACUUAAUACCCUUAUGCGCUAAUUUUGUGAAUUAAGUUUACCAAUUAUAGAAGUAUGUGCUACAUAGAAGUCUGUGCUUAGAGGGUGAAGUUCCUAAGCUUACCUUAAAAUUCAGCUACAUUUCAGUGUUAAAUGUGCAUAUUAAGAAUAAUUCUUUUGGGGAAAGAAAUUAUGAAUCUUCAGGACAGUCUUCAAUGGUUUAGAGUUACAUUCUGCUUAGACUUUUAUGACGUGCUGCUAUUGUUGUUUUUAAAAGCCCACUUAGUUCUCCCUUUCUGAUUUUAAAGUAAGCCUCAAUUUCUAAACCAAUCCAUUCACCGUUUCUGGGCUCAUUUUUAAAGUAGCUACAACAGAAUCAUGAGGCUUUCCCUUUUUACCAAAAAUGAAAAGCAUUUUUUAAAAUUCUGUGCACCCAAUGAUUAUCUUUUGUGCGGGAAAGCAAAAUGGAUGAAUGUAUUCAUCCUUUUAAUAAACAGACACAAAACUGGUUUUUCUCAACAUUUGUACAGUUCUGGAAAAACCUGGUCGCCAAAAGUGUUUUAUCUGCUAAUUCAACAAUUCCUGGGCUCCAGUUAGUUAGAGGAGCUGGGGCCUCACUUUCUCCCAGAAACGUGGGCUUCACUGGAAGUGAAGGGGCAGGAAUGACUGGACUGUCCACCGUAAUCCUGCCUGCGUGUGGUUCUGGCCAGGGAGCAAGCCCAGAAGGUGCCCUGGCACAUGCACAGACUGAUCCUGUGCUUGACAGUCUCAUGUGGAAAACAGAUGCUGACUUAGGAUUGUAGACUACCAUGCAACAAAAAAAGGCUUAAUAUCUACACCGAUGGGUUUCCAGUUCAGUUUGAAGUCAAUCAAAUUUUUGUAUUUUCAGUGUCUCCUUGAUUGGUUUUGCUAGUAAUUCUGUAAAUUGUACAUUUGCAAUAUGAGGUUUUUUUCCUUUUGUACAAUUUGAAACUGAUGCUUCACCUUUCCUUUAAUAAACUAUUCAAAAUCAGA